UAGGGCCUCCUCCUCGAGGCGGGCGGGGGGCGGGGCCUGGAGGGGCGGGGCGGGGCGCGCGCGGGGCUGCGGAAGCGGCGGCGUCGGUUGGGCCUCCCACACAAAAUGGCGGAGGGCGACAACAGGAGCAGCAACCUGCUGGCUGCAGAGACAGCUGGCUUGGAAGAGCAGUUGCAAGGAUGGGGAGAGGUGAUUCUGGUGACUGACAAGAUCCUUCGCUGGGAAAAGCCAUGGUUUCCACCUGCGAUGAUCAGCGUUGUCUCCUUUGUUUUUCUGAUGAUCUACUACUUGGACCCCUCAGUUCUUUCAGGAGUUUCUUGUUUUGUCAUGUUGCUUUGUUUGGCUGACUACCUUGUACCUGCCCUUGCCCCUCGGAUCUUUGGCUCCAGUAAAUGGACAACGGAGCAGCAGCAACGAUUCCAUGAAAUCUGUAGCAUUCUGGUAAAAACUCGACGCAGGAUUGUUGGUUGGUGGAAACGCCUCUUUACCUUUAAGGAGGAAAAGCCUAAAAUGUACUUCAUGACAAUGCUGUGUUCAUUAGCUGUGAUCGCUUGGAUCGGGCAGCAGGUCCAUAACCUCUUCCUCACCUAUCUAAUUGUGAGCUGCUUCUUGUUGUUUCCUGGAUUAAACAAACAUGGAAUAAUUUCAAAAUAUGCUGGAAUGGCAAAAAGGGAAGUCAACAAGCUCCUCAAGCAGAAGGAGAAGAAAAAUGAAUGAACCUUUGCUUGCUAAUUCGCACCAUGGUAAAAUUUGUGUUCUGGGAACAAUUCAUAGAAUUAUUGUGUGUUUAAUAGUAUAGAAGUGCUUAUUGCAUUUUAACUUUACACUGGGCCCCCUCCUUCUGCUGUUUUAAAUAGAAACUGUGUAGUGCCUCAGUCACACACUAAUACAAUUUGCUAAACAUCGACAGUCAUUCUUUGUGGCUAGCAACCUCCUAGUGUGAUGAGGUUGCUGAUUAGCGUGUGAUGUUGGUAAACUUUAUAUUGGUGUGAAGAUGUCCUUUGUUACUGUUUUUGGUGGAAAGACUGUUCUCCAUUCCUGUUAAGCAUUUUGAAGAUCCACUUGGGAGUAUCUAGACUGACUUACUGAUCUCCUGCAGAUUAAGUUGAAGAACUUCUUCCAGAAUUGUGGGCCACAGAUCAUUUGGAUCAACAGAGCUCCUAAAUACUUGCAUUUGAGUUUUCACUAGCUCUGUAAUACAACUUAUUGCACUGAAACUAUGGAAAAUUUAAGUUUGGAUGCACAGUCAGUCAAUUUUCUUGCUUUUGUUAUUUAAACUGUGAUAGUUCUGUGUUGUGCAACAUGUCUUUUAGGGUUUUUUUUAAUAUGGUCUGUAUAAAAUCAUGUUGAAAAUACUUGAUGCAUUUGUCUCAAGUCUCUGGAGUUAUUUUUGUGUUUUCUUAAUGCUAUUUUGUUACGACCACUUCACUUUUUAUUAAGUAAAGCAUCUGUAGCCUGCUAAAAUAAGCCCCUUAAAUUUGUGUUUAAAAGACAAUUUCAGUCUUAAUUGUAAACAGAUAAGCAGUGUUAACGGCAGAUUGAAAAUAUAGACUUGAGAAACCUUGAA